AUGCCCAAUAGACACUACCGGGCCUGGACUCCCGGCGAGGAACAUGACUACCCAUCAUGGGUAGCUCGUCAUCUCCAUUUAACAUGGCCGGAGAGGGCAAGAAAAUAUUCCAUCGAACGCAAACCCAGAACGAGAGAGUCUUUGCGGACUAAAUAUCGACUUCUGGAGAAGGAGAUCCGACGGCACCGCCCUCCAAAUUGCAAACCCCCAUCGGGGCUCAGACGUCGCAUCCCCCAGAGACAGGAUCAUAGCCAGCGGAAGGCUUGGCCCAGUCCUAUCUCGAUCAGCACCCCCACCCCUUCCGAGCAUCAUUUAGACGACCCGAGCGCGGUAGCGAUGCCGGCGAUGAGGCAACGGACCCCUACACGCGUGGCCAGUCACCAGAACCAGAAUCAGACCGUACCAUCGACCCAGGCUCUAAAAUUGACCUCCCAGUUCUCAGCCAAACGUGGGAGCCACAUGCGUUUGAUGAGUGGGCUUGUUAAAGGCUGGGGUAAUUCCCCCGGAGCAGGAAACGGAAGUGAACAUAGAGCAUCGCCUCGGGCAUCAACCACAUCUGACGACAUCGAUCGGCUGUGGCGAUUGGCAUACCGUAUCUCCGGUCGCACGAGGCAGUAG